AUGUCCAAAAGCAGCUCCAUCAGCCACUUCCUCCUGUUGGCAUUGGCAGACACACAGCAGCUGCAGCUCCUGCACUUCUGCCUCUUGCUGGGCAUCUCCCUGGCUGCCCUCCUGGCCAACGGCCUCAUCAUCAGCGCCAUAGCCUGCGGCCACCACCUGCACACGCCCAUAUUCUUCUUCCUGCUCAACCUGGCCCUCAGCGACCUGGGCUCCAUCUGCACCACUGUCCCCAAAGCCAUGCACAAUUCCCUCUGGCACACCACCACCACCAUCUCCUACCCAGGAUGUGUUGCACAGCUCUUUUUCUUUCUCUUUUUCAUCUCAGCAGAGCUUUUCCUCCUGACCAUCAUGUCAUAUGACCGCUACGUGUCCAUCUGCAAACCCCUGCACUACGGGACCCUCCUGGGCAGCAGAGCUUGUGCCCACAUGGCAGCAGCUGCCUGGGCCAGUGCCUUUCUCAAUGCUCUCAUGCACAUGGCCAAUACAUUUUCCCUGCCCCUAUGCCAUGGCAAUGCCCUGGACCAGUUCUUAUAUGAGUUGCCCCAGAUCCUCAGGCUCUCCUGCUCACGCUCCAACCUCAGGGAACUUGGGCAUCUUGUGGUUAGUCUUUGUAUAGCAUUUGGUUGUUUUGUGUUCAUUGUUUUCUCCUGUGUGCAGAUCUUCAGGGCUGUGCUCAGGAUUCCCUCUGAGCAGGGACGGCACAAAGCCUUUUCCACCUGCCUCCCUCACCUGGCCAUGGUCUCUCUGUUCCUUGGCACUGGCACAUUUGCACACUAG